AUUGGCACCGCCCCUCCCAGCAAGGGCCAAAGGGAUGACAAGUUAACGCCCCUUUCGUAACCACGUCGGCCUACUAAGACCGGGCUGACUGGUCUCUAAGGAGGGACGCCCGGGGAGCCCGUGCGUCACUGCUCUGCGCCGGAUGACUAUUUUCGUGUUCUCUUCCUUCAAUAUCUAUCUACCUCUUCUCCGCAUCCAUAGGAUCCCGGGAUAUGAGCCGGAAGAGGCAUCGCUUGGUCCCGGAGGCCUUCGGACAGAAGCGGCGGCGGGAAGGAGGGGAUGUAGAGGCAGAUCCUUUGAGGGGAGAGUCAGGGUCUGCGCGCGCGGCAGUUGCGGAGCUAGUGCAGCUGUUCCCGCGAGUCCUGUUUGAGGAUGCGCUACCGCCCAUCGCGCUGAGGAGCCAGGUGUACAGCCUAGUGCCCGACCGGACGGUGGCUGACCGGCAGCUGAAGGCGCUUCAAGAGCAGGGGGAGAUCAGAAUCAUCCAACUAGGCUUCGACUUGGACGCCCAAGGAAUCAUCUUCACUGAGGACUAUAGGACCAGAGUCCUCAAGGCUUGUGAUGGCCGCCCAUACGCUGGCGCAGUGCAGAAGUUUCUGGCUUCAGUACUUCCAGCCUGUAGUGACCUUAGCUUCCAGCAGGACCAAAUGACACAGACCUUUGGCUUCAGGGACCCAGAAAUCACGCAGCUGGUGAAUGCCGGGGUCCUCACUGUCCGAGAUGCUGGAAGUUGGUGGCUAGCCGUGCCUGGAGCUGGGAGAUUCAUCAAAUAUUUUGUUAAAGGGCGCCAGGCUGUACUCGGCAUGGUCCGGAAGGCCAAGUACCGGGAGCUACUCCUUUCAGAGCUCCUGGGCCGGCGGGCACCUGCCGCGGCGCGACUCGGCCUCGCUUACCAUGUGCAUGACCUCAUUGGGGCCCAGCUGGUGGACUGGUGAGUCUUGCCCCCCAGCCUCUGGCAGAUGACAACGCAAUGACCCAAGUGUCUCCACCACUUCUGGAACCCUCCUCCGCCUGCCAGAGACAUGAGGAUUCUGCUCGUCGUUGCAUAGCUCCCCAGAGUGGGGAGCAAGGGGCCCAGGAGUGCUGGCCGCCCUGGCUGAGACAGGGUCACCUUGGGAAGGCUUGGGAGCCAGGAUGAGUGUUGGGCUCGCGUCUGUGCAGAGGGUCAGGUGUGACUGCUGCUGUUUACCUGGGCUCUGACCCAGUGUGGGGUUUGGGCAAUGCUUCUCUGCCCUUUCAUGGAAGUGGAGCCAGAAAUGGUGCCAAGGCCAUGGCUGCUGCCUUUCAUGCAGCAAGGUGCUGCCACUAUCCUGUCUUGGGAUAGGAAGGAGGGGUUUCUGGUGAGGCUGCCGAAGGAGGACAGGGUUCUUUUCCCUACAUGUUGGGUUGAAACUGCCAAAUAAAGUACUUCUGCCUGUGA